CGUUGUAUUCUUGUUCCAUUCGAUUGGAAGCAGCGGCAUUGGAAACAAAAAAUAAAAAAUAAAUGUUUAUUAGAAAAACUUACGUAUAUUCUUCAAAAUGAAGAUUUCGACGAAAGAUUCUGAAAAAAAAUAUGGAUACGGAGUUCGCCAUAUUCAAAUGAUAUGCAUGUGUCUGAAUAUGAUCUCGUUAUUCAUCGCCCGCGGCAGCUUAGGGGUAGCUGUACUUGCCAUGACUGAUAUGGGAAAACGAAGUAACCCUAGCGUAACUGUAUACGAAUGGGAUAAAAAGAUCCAGGGCUUAAUAUUAUCUUCAUUCUUCUGGGGUUACACUGCGAUGCAGAUUCCAGCUGGUCUUCUGUCUAAGAGAUAUGGUGGAAAACCUAUCCUGUUAUUUUCAUUGUUGACCAAUGCAAUCAUUUGCGGUCUUCUACCAACACUUGUGCAUUAUGGUGGAUGGCAAAUAGUAUGCGCAUGUCGAGUGCUCAUGGGUCUCACACAGGCUUGCCUUUUCCCUGCCAGUCACACGCUACUUGGCAAAUGGCUUCCAGCACAAGAAAGAACCUCGUAUACUGGCAUAGUGUAUGGAGGUACCCAAAUGGGCAUUAUAAUAGCUAUGCCCGUAUCAGGUGUUUUGGCGGAAACGAAAAUGGGUUGGAAACUUAUAUUCUACACAGUGUCGUGUAUAAUGUUCGUCACUGCGGCGAUAUGGGCCUUCUUCUCAGCCAACAGUCCGAGGGAUCACCGUCUGAUGACGAAUGAGGAAAGAGAAUAUAUUGAGAGAGGGUUGAACGUUGCCAAUUCUAAGAUUCUUAGAACGCCAUGGAGGCAAAUAUUUACUACAAAGGCUUUAUGGGCUAUAAUGUUGAGUCACUUUGGCUGUGCCGUCGGUUUUGUGCUCUUUUUCGUCGACAUGCCCACUUAUUUGGAGAGAGGCCUACAGAUAUCGUUGAAAAAUAGUGCGUCGUUAUCAGCGUUACCUUAUAUGGGCAUGUUAUUUGGGAACGUCUUUUCUACGUCUGUCUGUGAAAAAUUGUAUAACAGAGGAUAUUUAUCAUUAAUAAAUUGCAGAAAAAUUUUCAAUUCAAUUGGAUUCAUCGGCAUGGCAAUUGGUCUGCUAGUGUUGUCGUUCAUCGGUCCAGAUAACAAAAAUAUAGCUAUCGUCACUUUGGUUUUAGCCCUCACUUUAAGUGGAUUCUGGUCUGCGGGUUUCAUGAUGUCCCAUUUAGAUCUAUCACCCAACUAUGGUGGUGUUAUGCUCUCUUUAACAAACUGCGUGGCUAACUUCGGGAGUAUCAUUACGCCAAUCGUCACAAGUUUGAUUCUACAAAAUGAUCCAACAGACGUAAGUCGUUGGCGCAUUGUAUUCAUAGUGACAGCCGUGGUGACCAUUAUUUCCAAUACUGGUUUCGUAUUGUUUGGGAGUUCAGAGCGACAGGAGUGGGAUGACCCCGACUAUCUGGACAAAAGGAAAGCUGAUAUAGAGGAAAUGAGGCCAGCCUUAGCACCUGUCAAGGAUCGGAAAGACUGUAAAGAAGAAAAAUGAUUAAGCAGAAUUUGAAUAGAAUUUAACACAAUUGACAAGACUACGUAGCAAUACGAUUAAUUUUUUAAGUUAUAAAAAUGUAAAUAAAAAUAAUUUGAAACCUUA